UCCUUCCACCCCCACCCCCCGCCUGCCCCUCCUCCGCCGCAGGUAGGCACCGCUCCCCCGGGAGCCGCCUGCGGAGCCCACCUUGCUGGUCCCUGGCUGCGCGGGAGCAGGAGCCGCGGCCGCCCGAAUUGUCAAGGAAAAAGCUUCACCUGUAACAUGCUGGGAAAAUCUGAAGAAUGCAGAUGUUCCAUCUGACUUCACAGAACUGGUGGUGCAAUUGCACAGUUUCCAGGUUGAUUGAGAACCAAGAGGCAUCAAAUCCAGCAAAUAUCGGUCAGCAAGAAUUAGGCUUGUUCCUAAUAGAAAACAUGUCUGAAAUUGAUUUUGAGGAAUUAGCCGAAAUAGAAUUACAGAAAGAUGAGGCAGAACAUGCAAUAAUGGAAAAGCGAAAGACCUCCUUCACACCAGCAGCAUGUGAAGACACUGAACUAAGCAUUGAUCAUCCAUACUACGAUGUUGCGAGGCAUGGCAUUGUGCAGCUAGCAGGUGAUGACAAUUCUGGGAGGAGGGUGAUUACUUUCAGUUGCUGUCGUAUGCCCCCUUCCCAUCAGCUCAAUCACAGCAGACUACUAGAAUACUUGAGGUAUACACUCGACCAGUAUGUGGAGAAUGAUUACACCCUUGUCUACUUUCACUAUGGCCUGAACAGUCGGAAUAAACCCUCUCUGAACUGGCUGCAAAGUGCCUACAAAGAAUUUGACAGGAAGUAUAAGAAAAAUCUUAAAGCACUCUAUGUUGUACAUCCAACCAACUUCAUAAAAAUUCUGUGGAACAUUUUUAAACCUCUCAUAAGUCAUAAGUUUGGGAAAAAGAUCACCUAUUUGAACUAUUUAAGUGACCUGAGAGAGCAUCUCAAAUAUGACCAGCUUAAUAUCCCUGAAGAUGUUAUUCGACAUGAUGAAAAUCUUCGGGAUAAACAGAAGGGGAGAUCACCACCUUCAGCUAAGCUUCCUCCACCAAGACCUCCUCUUCCUACCCAGCAAUUUGGAGUCAGCCUACAAUAUCUCAAGGACAAAAAUAAAGGGCAACUAAUCCCACCAGUAAUGAAGCAAACUGUGUCCUACCUGAAAAGUAAAGUGCACACACAUGGACGUCAUCUUGAAUAUCUUAGCGGUUCAGCAGGAAAUAAAGGACUCCGAGUAGAAGGCCUGUUCAGAAGGUCAGCCAGCAUACAAACUAUCAAAGAGGUUCAUAAACUCUAUAAUCAGGGGAAGCCUGUGAAUUUUGAUGACUAUGGAGAUAUCCAUAUUCCUGCUGUUAUCCUGAAGACCUUCCUCAGGGAACUCCCACAGCCUUUGUUAACCUUUGAAUCCUACGAUCAAAUCCUUGGAAUCACCGGUGUGGAAAGCAGUUUACGAGUGACAAGCUGUAAACAAGUAAUCCAAGGACUUCCUGAGCACAAUUAUGUUGUUCUGAAAUACUUGAUAUGCUUCCUUCAUAUGGUAUCCCAGGAGAGUAUUUAUAACAAAAUGACUGGAUCCAACCUGGCGUGUGUCUUUGGGUUGAAUUUAAUUUGGCCGCCUAAAGGAGCUUCUUCCCUGAGUGCUUUGAAUCCUCUAAAUCUCUUCACUGAAUUACUGAUAGAUUUCUACUCUAAGAUCUUCAGUUCACGAACGGUACCUGGUGAGAUCUUACCUUAAUGUUCACAAAAAGGGAAAAGGAAUAUGCCUACCUUAGCAAAAAUCUCCACAUAUAAACCUAUGAGAAUUUACUAUACACAGGAUUUUACAGAAACAAGUAUAUUUCAUAUACAGAGCAAAAUCCUUUUCUCUCUUUUGCAUCACCAUGAUUUUCCAAAUAUCAAAGAUGUUAGGGGAAAUAUGCUUACCGAUACUCUUUGUAUGUGGGUGUGUAUAUAUAAACAUUCACAAACCUUCAAGUCAAAGUGGCAUGAACUUUCCUCUUUUCAUAAUCUUUAGCAAUUGUUAAAUAUUUGUUAGUUUAAAAAUUCAUAACAGUAGAUAAGACUGUCAUUUAUUUAAGCAUCUGGAAGUUCCCUAUGUGGCUUUUUUUCUAGGGUGAUACUAACUUCUGGACCAUCAUCCCCCUUCUUGCAGUAGUGCUAUGUAGGCAUUUUUUCCUCUGGAAGAAGUUUCUUUUGAAAUCUUCAAAUAUAUACAAAUUAUGGAUCCAUUUUUCAGAAUUUCAGGCACUCGUUCCCACACACACAAAAGUGUGUGCACUUGUGUCUGCAUUUAUGUGCAAUUACCAUGAAAACCAAAGUAUUUGCCUGUGUCAGUUAGAUUAUGCAUACAUCUGUCUCUGUGCUUUUAAAUAUCUAGUAUGCCUGUCCAACCAUUGUAGUUGCACAUGCAAACUAAGUGGAAAAUUACACAAGCACUCUUGAGCUUUUACAAAUCAAGUCAUUUGUGUUUUUAUCUUUAAAGAAUUUCUGUUUGUAUCAGUAUAUAGUUAAUUCAGAAUGUGAGAAAACAUUGUUUGAAAAAGGCAUUGAAUGUUUUCAUUAUUUGCUGCAUGCUCUUCAAGUUUUUUGAGUUGUUAGAAAUCUGCCUCUAAAAUCAGUCUCUCUCUCACACACACACACACACACACACACACACCCCCAAAAAAAAAAGAGAGAGAGAGAGAGAAAAUCUUAACCCACCCUGAACCCUGGAAAAUACUCCUGAUGGCACUUUUAUCUAAUCUAGUCUAUGUUAUCGGUGGGAUGACAUUAAUCCCAAUGGGAAUAAUUAGCCAUAGUAAUGUAAGGGGGAGUUUCUGUGUUUUCUCUCUAGAUACUUGUAUUUGAAUACCACUUUAAAGUUCUGCUCCCUCGAUGUCUGCUACUGAUCAUUAGUGGAACAGGAUAGGGAGGUUAUCGUUGUAACAGCAAAAGGGACUGAACUAGUGGUGACCAAAAUAAGCAGUAUUUUCCCCAACGUCUGCUUCUCCUGCUCCCAUACAAAGCUGCUGAAGCAGACAUACCAUUCAGGAUAUAGUAGAGACAAUGAUCCAUGGACACCGGUUUGGUUAUCCCUUCACCUUCAAAAACAAAGGAACCCUUUCCCUUCCAGCGGUUCUAGCUAAUUGAGGGCUUGUGCUUCUAGUCUCUCAUCUUGACAGCGACUAAGUAUCUGCCUGUCUAACAGAUGCAGGCUUCCAAAUCCUUGUUGGAGAGAGUGAUUUAUUCUUUUUGGCAAUUUAGAGAAAAUAGGAGAGAGUACCCAUCACACUAUGUCAGUCCUAUGUUUAUCCAGUAGAUGUCAUCUACAGCAUAAGGCGAUAAAAGGAAAUUAUUACAAUGUAAAUAAUCAAAAAGCUAUAGAACAAGCUGUACUGUAUGCAACAUCCUUUUAAAAUUUAAAUUGUGGUGUAAUUUUCUCUUAAUUCAUCAAGUGUUUCAAUUAAAAACAAAAUUUUGGCUUUUUAA